AAUGUUUCAUCUAGAGCAUAUGGAGGAGAGUAGAUCACGUGAUAGAUUAACGCGAAAGGAAAUGUUUAAAAUUACUGGACAACCUAAAAUAUAUCAAUAUCAAACUAAUACAUUGAAACAUACGAACAAGAAAGUAAUAGAGAAAAGAUUUUGGUCAAAGGACGACGCAGAAGUUGCAAUGGCAUAUUAUAAAAAUACAUAUUUAAAAACUUGUAAUAUAUUCAUGAAGAGAUUGGCCAAUAAAAGUAGUAUAUGUGAUUGUGAUCCAAAACUUAAAGGCCAUAAAGCCAUUGUUGAUUAUAAUGUUAGAAAUUAUGAUUGGGUAAAUAUUGACAAGAAACAUCUCAAUAUCCAUCUUGGAGGAGAGUUUAAACCGAGCCAUUGUAAUGCAAUUCAAAAAAUUGCCAUAGUCAUCCCUUAUAGAGAUAGAAUGGAACAUUUAAAGAUACUUGUUAAUCAUUUACAUAAAGUGUUACCGAAGCAAAAUAUUCACUAUAAAAUUUUUGUUAUUGAACAAUCGGCUCCACUUCUGCUCAAUAAGGGAGCAAUCAUGAAUAUUGGAUAUUUAGUCGCUCAACAAUACUUCGUUCCUGAUUGCAUCAUUUUCCACGACGUUGAUAUGUUAUUAGAAGAUAAAAGGCAUAUGUACAAUUGUAUUCAAUCACCUAGGCAUAUGGGUGCUCAUGUCGACAAAUUCAACUACACCCAAUUAUAUAAGAACGUUGGAGGAGUAUUUGCAAUAAAACCGCAUCAAUUCAGAAAAGUCAAUGGUUAUCAUAUACUAUUCUACGGUUGGGGUGAUGAAGAUAUGGACAUGCUACAGAGACUCCUCAUAUCUCGAUUGAUACCAGUAAAGUGGCCUGUUCCCCUAUCUAGAUAUUCAAUGAUAAAACAUUCGGCAGACGUUUUCUAUCCAAAAAAUCAAUUUAGAAAAUCAUUUCUCAUGCACGAAUCAAAUUAUCAUAAAUUAUCGUAUCGAGAUUACGGUCUCUCUAAACUCAAGUAUGGCGUGAACUGGAUUAAAAAAUUCUUUAAAGCCCUAAAUUCGUUCUACAAAGUGAAGGGAAGUUGCUUAAGACGUAGACAGGAUAAAAUUGGACAGUAUUCGUUAAUUGUUUGCGUCGAUUUGUGUUUAGAAGAUGAAAAGUGCAAAGGCUUUGUGUUUAACGCGCAAAACAUAGGUCCCUGUCUAAGAUUAAUGAAUAGAAUAUGCGAUAAAGACAAACUACAAGGAAUUGAUGAUACUGUUAUGUAUAUUAAAAAGAAUCCUUUUUAUUAA